AUGCGAGCAAUCCAAUCCACAACCUGGGGCACCCCACCCACCUUCACCCCCUCCGCCCCUGACCUGCCCCCUCCAACAUCCUCCCAAAUCCGCCUCAAAGUCCUCGCCAGCGGCCUCCAUCGCCUCGUCCGCGCCCAAGCCCUCGGCAACCACUACUCCGCCAAAUCCGCCGGCCUGCCCUACACGCCCGGCCAGCGACGGCGUCGCCUCGACGAGUCCACCGGGAAGCGUUACUAUUUCGUUAGCAUCGCCACUGGAGGAGGUUUCGCCGAGUAUGUUAAUGUGGCGAAGGCGACGCUGGUGGAGUUGAGUGAGGGUGCGGAUGCGGUGCAGGUUGCCGGGUUGGUGAAUCCUGGGAUGGGUGGGUGGAUGGCGUUGACGAGGAGGACGAAGGGGGUUGUUGGGGAGGGUGGGAAGAAGGGCUGGACGGUUGUGAUACUGGGGGUGACGAGUCAGAGUGGGAAGGUCGCGGUGCAUUUUGCACGGCAAUUGGGGGCGGGGAGGGUUAUUGGGGUGGCGAGGGGGCAUAUGGACGGGCUUGGUUUGGACGAACAGAUCGUGCUUGAUGGGAAGGAGCCGGCGAAGACUGAGUGGAGCAAGAUGGGUGAUCAGGUGGAUGUCAUAUUGGACUAUCUUUACGGAGACGCCGCGAUAGCGUGUCUGAAUGCGCUGGAGAGUAAGGUGCCGACGCAGUUUGUGCAGAUUGGGAGUAUGGCGGGCAAUGACGCGAGUUGGCCGGCGGCGGUGUUCAGGUCGAAGGAUAUCACGAUCAGGGGAUCAGGACCGGGUGCGUGGGCCAUGCAGGAAUUUGGGGCGGAAGCGGGAGGGCUGGUCAGGGCGGUGGAGGGGCUGGAGAAGCAGGCACUGACAGUGAGGAAGUUGGAGGAGGUAGACCAGGCCUGGGGAAACGAAAAAGAAAGGACGGUCUUCGUGCCCUGA